GCGUCGUUCGGGUAGGAGGAGCCCACGCGAGUAAAAAGGAGGCAUAGUGAGUGGCAUUUAUGCUCCUACAGCACCCCGGAGGAGACCCCCACAGAGUCUGUUUCUUUGUGUUAGUGUUAAUCAAGAACAACAUCUAUCAUGGACCCAAGCACCAGUGGACUGUCACAGAAGUUGGCUGAAGCCGGCCAGUCUCACCUCCUGCAGUACUGGGGUGAGCUGAGUCCCGAGGGUCAGACUGAAAUGAUCCUGGACCUGCAGGGGAUGAACUUUCAGGAGAUCAAUGGGUUCUUUAAGAAUGCCAUGGAGACAUCGAGCAGCAGCAAACAUGAAAAGAUGGAUUCCCGCAUGGAGCCAGUACCCAGGGAGGUGCUGGGGAGUGUGACACGAGACAGGGAUAGCCUCAGUGACUGGGAGCUGACAGGCCUUGACUGCAUCUCCCAGAAUAAAGUGGGAGCCUUACUGCUGGCAGGAGGCCAAGGAACCAGACUUGGGGUCUCUUACCCCAAAGGCAUGUAUGAUGUGGGUCUGCCGUCCCACAAAACCCUCUUUCAGAUCCAAGCAGAACGUAUUCUGAAGCUGCAACAGCUGGCUGAGCAGAAGCACGGAGAAGAAAUGAAGUGCUGUAUUCCCUGGUACAUCAUGACCAGUGGCAGGACCAUGGAAUCUACAAAAGAUUUCUUUGCACAGCACAACUACUUUGGCUUGGACAAGAACAACGUCAUCUUCUUCCAGCAGGGCAUGCUGCCCGCCAUGGACUACAACGGCAAGAUCAUCCUGGAGAGCAAAGGGAAGCUGUCCAUGGCCCCUGAUGGUAACGGAGGCCUGUACAGAGCUCUGGGUAAUGAGGGCAUCAUGGAAGACAUGGAGCGCAGAGGGAUCGAGUUCAUCCAUGUUUACUGUGUCGAUAACAUCCUGGUUAAAGUGGCCGACCCCGCCUUUGUUGGCUUCUGUGUGCAGAAAGGAGCAGAUUGUGGAGCUAAGGUGGUGGAGAAGACCAACCCGACAGAGGCAGUGGGUGUGGUUUGUAAAGUGGACGGGCUUUACCAGGUGGUGGAGUACAGUGAGAUCACGCUGACAACGGCGGAGAAACGCAGUGCUGAUGGUCGACUGAUGUUCAACGCAGGAAACGUGGCCAACCACUUCUUCAACUUCUCCUUCCUCAAAGAUGUAGUAGAGAAAUACGAGCCAAAGCUGCAGCACCAUGUGGCCCAGAAGAAGAUCCCAUUCGUGGACACUCAGGGCCAGCUGAUCAAACCAGACAAACCAAAUGGGAUUAAAAUGGAAAAAUUUGUCUUUGAUAUCUUCCAGUUUGCCAAGAACUUUGUCGUGUAUGAAGUGCUGCGGGAGGAUGAGUUCUCCCCGCUGAAGAACGCCGACACCCAAGACGGAAAGGACACGCCCACCACGGCCAGGCACGCCCUCAUGUCCCUCCACCACCGCUGGGUUCUCAAUGCCGGGGGCCACUUCAUCGAUGAGAAUGGCAGACGUGUGCCAGCCAUCCCCAGAGACGGAGCAGCAGGCAGUGUCACAGAUGAUGGCAAGAGAAACCUCAAGGAUGGAACAGACCUUCCCAUCAAAUGUGAGAUCUCUCCGCUGGUGUCCUAUGGGGGAGAGGGUCUCGAGGACUUGGUGAAGGGACGGGAGUUUCAUCCAACUCUGAUGAUCGAUGAGCACGGCGUCCGCGAGCUGGUGAAGAACGGAGUUUAACCAGUGGAGGAGAAACCGAGAGAGAAAUAGGAAAAAAACCCCAAAGACCAACCUUCCUUUAUCUUCUCCAUGUUUGCUGGGAUAAAACUGUGACGACAUCGCUGUGCAAUAAUAAAUGUAACGUGCAUGUGUAGAUGAAGGAAGCUGUCCCGUUACAAUGAACGAAUGAACAGGCGUAACGUUUACCUUUCAGCACCAAGGUUUCUUUACAUUAUGUCUCAAUAUCUUACUUCGGUUAUUGGUAUUCUUGUUUUCAAGAGCACUUGAACACAACUUGAAAUGAAGUACGAAAUCGCUGUCAUACUGACUGGAUGAAGCAGAUUGCAGGUGCAUCUAUUUAUUUUGCUUAUGAGACUUAUUUUUGUAUGUACUUAUAGAUCCAUGGACUCAUUUUAUCGAAUGAUUUUUGUACAACAGUUGACCGAGAUAAAAUGAUCACACAUGUUUCUUACUUGCGUGUAAUCACGGUACAUGGCCUGGGCUGUGGGGGGUAUUUAUAAUAUUUGCUUCUUUCCUGAUUGUAAUCUUAGCAGACUUGGGAUUAUUUAGCUUUGAGAGAUAACAUAAAUUCAAUCACAUUUAUUAAAGUUUUCUAC